CUGCGCACGCGCGGCUGGAGGCUUGAUGCCCAUGGAGCUGGUUUAGCAGAGCCGGCCACGCCGGGAGCUUCCGAGAUGAGCGCGGUCGAGGCCGACCGCUGGGCGUGGCUGCUGGUGCUCAGCUUCGUGUUUGGGUGCAAUGUACUCAGGAUCCUCCUCCCGUCCUUCUCCUCCUUCGUGCCGUGGGUGUCGAUUUGGGGAUGUACACUCAUCCCUCGGGGCCAGUCCCUGAGGAAUUCUCAGUCCCCUACGAGGUCGCUCGUGGACCUCCCUGCCCCAGUGCGAGUGUGGUGCCUUCGCUCCCUCCUCACUCUCCUGGGACCCUCACCUGUUCCGAUGUCCAGGGUGCUGCAGAAGGACGCGGAGCAGGAGUCGCAGAUGCGAGCAGAGAUCCAGGGUAUGAAGCAGGAGCUGUCCACCGUCAACAUGAUGGACGAGUUCGCCAGAUAUGCCCGGCUGGAGCGGAAGAUCAACAAGAUGACCGAUAAGCUCAAAACGCACGUGAAAGCACGGACAGCUCAGUUGGCCAAGAUAAAAUGGGUUAUAAGUGUUGCUUUCUACGUAUUGCAAGCCGCCUUGAUGGUCUCACUCAUUUGGAAGUACUAUUCUGUCCCUGUGGCCGUGGUGCCGAGUAAGUGGAUAACUCCGCUAGACCGCCUGGUAGCGUUUCCGACCAGGGUAGCAGGUGGUGUUGGAAUUACCUGUUGGAUUUUAGUCUGUAACAAAGUUGUGGCUAUUGUGCUUCACCCUUUCAGCUGAAAAAGAAGAUGAAUUCGGCUACAGCACUUUCAAAAACGAAUUUUCACUUAGGAGGUUACAAAUCUGAUAAGCAACUGUUUUAUUGUUUUUUUGUUGUUCUUUUUUAAAAGCAACACAAGCCACAGGUUAGUUGUUGUUGUUGAACGUGUUUGUUCUUGGACUUCAUGUUGAGAUUCUUAGAAGAAUCACAGUUUUUGUACGUUUGUCAUGAGCCGUGAAGGUCAGUCUCACAUGUGUGUACCAGCCAGCAUCGCACCAGAUUUGUGAUAAGAAGUGUGUGACAUUAUGGGCUACAUGUUGUUACUUGUGAUUUGCACUCUCGUCGUGUUUUAAAGUCACAUUGCCAACUGGAAAGUCAAGCUUUUCUGAUAGCUUAAGUACUUUAAAGAUUUUGUGCUAUUUUUAAUCCAGAUUAGAAAGUAACUUAAUUUUAAUACCGCUACUAGAAUUUGAAAUUUUGUUUUUUAAUCUCAUGCAAUACUGCUGGGAGAAUAACACUAAUUGACAUUGUGCCUUUCUUUUCCUCUGUUUAAAAUGUCAUUUGUUGGGCAAGCCUUUGGAAAGAGUAUUAUUAUCCACUUAUUUGAAGCUGUUAAACACUUUUCAUUACUCUGUUUUAUAAAUGUAUUCAUGAGCCCAUAAUGCGUUGUUUUGUGCUUGAACUGUGUGUUUUAUAUUUAAAGUAUUUCAAAUGAAGGGUAUUUUUAAAGCAUUUAAUAUUUAUGUUCUGUAGAAUGGAACAAAGCUAAACAAGCUGGGAAGCCUGGUUGAAUUAAUUUGAAUGGCUACAUGUUUGUCCCAUCAAGUAUAAUUCUGCUAAAUAUUUUUAAAAACACUUUUUUUCUAAUUAAAAUUUUUGCAAGC